AUGAAUAUAAAGUUGAUAAAUAAUAAUAAUUCAAAAAUGAUGAUCUCAAAUGCUAACCAUCAUCGUAAAUUCGCUCAUUUAGAGAAGAAAUUAGAAACCACAACACCAGUGGCCGUCUCAAACAGCACCACUCCAAACGGUGCCAACACUCCAACUGUUAAUCCAAGUGGUAUUGCCACCACCUUCACUGCCGAUGACGAUCGUUUAAAGAAGGAAGAAGAGGAGAAACGUAAGAAGGCUGAGGAGCAAAAGCGUAAAGAAGAAGAGGAGCGUGUCAAGCGUGAAAAAGAUGCUGCCGCCGAACAAAAGCGUAAGGAAGAAGAGGAACGCAAAAAGUCUUCUGCCAACGAGGAGAUCAAUGAGGAGUUUGAAAUCCAAUCACUCGAACAAAUGGGUAAAUCCAACGUUGGUCAAGACAUGUUUACUUUCUUCCCAGGUGAAGUCUAUGGUGCCUAUGAUAAAUUACAAUCUUUCUCAAGAGAUUUAAAUACUUCAAUUCCACAACCAGAAAUUGUAUUUGUUGGACCAAGAGGAUCUGGUAAAUCCAGUUUAAUUGAAUCGUUCAUUGGUCGUCCAUUGAAUAUCGUUGGUGCAAUGGGUUGCUCAAAGAGAGCUCUCCACUUGCAGUUUGUCAAUAACACAGAGUGUGAGACACCAAAGAUCACUAUCAAGAGAGACGGAUUCAUCAAGGAGUUUGACCAUGAUGUCGUCAUCCCAAUCGAGCAAUUGAACGACACCAUCACCCGUCGUAAUACCGCCAUCACCGAAGAACCAAUCUACAUCAUGAUCGAAGCCAAGAACACUUUGAAUCUCACCUUGAUUGACACUCCGGGUUUGGUUGCCGAGGGUACCGCCGAUCAAGCCAAGAUCGACGCCAUCGUCAACUCGAUCCUCCGUCCAACUCACCGUUUGAUCGUUGCCGUCGAAGCUUGUGGUGACUGGUCCAACAUGACCAUGCUCUCCUUUGUCAAGCGUGUCGACCCAGAGUUGAGUCGUUCCACCUUUGUCUUUACCAAAUUCUUUAACAUCAUCCAAGACUUCAAUUCCACACGUUCCGUCAACCGUUUCCUCGCCGGAACCAUGUCAGAGAUCAAGUCGUUCUUUGUCACCAUUCCAAACCACAAGAUUCGUGCUCGUUUCUCCGAGCCAGCCAACUUCCAAGAGAAGUUGACUCAAGCUUACAAGCGUGACAUGAACGCAUUGGAGCAACUCCAAUACGACAAGCGUUACGAGCGUAACAUCGGUGUCCACCCAUUCCGUCGUUACAUUCUCAACAUCACCUGGAAAUACCACCAAGAUGCCGUACCAAGAAUUCUCAAGCACCUCCGUUCCAAGCGUCAAUCGGCCGAGUCUUCGUUGUCCGAUCUCCAAAAGCAAUCGGCAUCGCUCGACUCCACCAUGUUGCGUGCCGUCGCAUCCAACUACACCGUAACAUUCCUACAGAUCACCGAGAAGUUGUUGGCAGGUACCAGCGAGGGUAAUCCAUCGGUCAACGGUCAGACUCUUGACGAGGAGAAGCAACAACAGGGUGACGGAGGUGACUGGGUCGAUCUCUACAACCGUCCAAUCAAGUUUGACGCCGAGGAAUGGGGUAUCCCAUAUUGGAACAGCAAGCUCUACGGUGGACAACAAUUUGAGCGUCUCAUGGGAGAGUUCAAGGCUGUCUGUGACAACACCAAGAUCACUGAAGUCACCUUGGACGACGUCGCCACUGCCUCUGGUAUCAACAAGCUCAACAACAUCCCCAACUACGCCUGGGCAGCAUGUGAUUUGGCUCAACAGAAAUCACAAGACGCAUUGGUGCCACUCAUUGAGCAACUCUGCGAGCGUGCCGUCUACAUCAUGAAGCGUUUGGCCGAUGUCACCGACAAGGUUAUCGACUCGCGUAAGAAGAAUCGUGUCACCUCGACAGCGAUUCGUGCAUUUGACAUUGAGAACAUCGACCAAUAUCCAUACUUUACUCACCACGUCAAGGACUUGUUCUACAAGUUCAUUGAACACUCUGCCAAGGUUUGCAAGGAGAAGUGUAUGGACGAGUUCUACUCGACACGUACCAUCUACUGGGAGUUGACCGAACACCCAGAUCAAUCGUUGCCAUUCCUCAGAACCGACCACCAAGACACCAAGUCUACAGUCGAGCUCUUGACAACACAACUCUUUGACACCAUCCGUAAGCGUAUCACAAAGAAUGUACUUUUGAAAUUCUACAACUUCUUCUUGGUGCCAAUGCAAACCGACCUCUGGACUGAAAUUCAAGGAAAGAUCACCUGUCUCGCCAACGAAUCGCUUGAACAAAUCUUUGAAGUCAACGCCACAAAAGAACAACUCAAGGAAGAUGAGAAGAAACAACAAUCAAUCCUCGAGAAAUAUACUCAAAACGAUGAUCUUUUCUUGAAGGCUGCCUCUCAAUUCAAUCACCCUCUCUCCAGUGCCACCAUUCAAUAA